GGAAGUGUCCGUACGCCGGUGUCUCCCUGGUUGCGCAAGACGCCAUUUUGGAGUGACAGUGAAAUAAAACGGAAAGAUCGAGAAGCUGUCUUUGUAAAGCUUCGUCACCAUGGGGAAUGUAUUUACAAGCUUAUUCAAGGGCCUGUUUGGCAAAAAAGAAAUGAGGAUUCUAAUGGUUGGGCUUGAUGCUGCUGGAAAAACAACUAUCCUAUAUAAACUGAAGCUUGGAGAGAUAGUCACCACCAUUCCCACCAUUGGUUUUAAUGUUGAAACUGUAGAAUACAAGAACAUCAGCUUCACAGUGUGGGAUGUGGGCGGUCAGGACAAAAUCAGGCCGCUGUGGCGCCACUACUUCCAGAACACUCAAGGGCUUAUCUUUGUGGUGGACAGCAACGACAGGGAGAGAGUGAACGAGGCGAGGGAGGAGUUGUCCAGAAUGCUCGCUGAGGACGAACUCAGAGACGCCGUGCUGCUCGUUUUUGCAAAUAAACAGGAUCUCCCCAACGCUAUGAAUGCUGCAGAGAUCACAGACAAGCUGGGCUUGCACGCCCUCCGCCAGCGCAGCUGGUACAUCCAGGCCACCUGCGCCACCAGCGGGGACGGCCUGUACGAGGGCCUGGACUGGCUCUCCAACCAGCUGAAGAACCAGAAAUGAUCCAUUCCACCAGUUUUGAUUUUUCGUUUGUUGUUUAUUUUUUCUGUUUCAACACAGCGGCAGCACCGGAUCCAGGCCCCUGCGCUCCCAUCUAACCCAGUUUUCUGCCCCAGCUCUUUCUUUCAAGAACUUCCUUCAUUCCCUCCUCUUGCUUUCUCCCCUCGUCAGUACUCUUGGGGCUCUAGCCUGUGCUGCUUGUGUGUGCGUGGGCGUGCGUGUGCGAGCGUGUGUGUGUGUGCGCGUGUACCUUGUGUGUUCAGCGAGUGUGUGUGGGUGUGAAGGCGUCUCUGUGUAUGUUGGCUGGGAUUGGGAGUAACCCUGGCGUGCCUUUUACACACCUCCUGUGGAAUCAGCAGUCUGGUUUUCAAGCCCCUUUCUCCAUCCACCAAACUCAGCCUCUGCCCCACUCAGCCUACCCCCACUCUCAGUCUUGCACGGCCCCCUUCUCCCCACCCUUACUCUCCAGAGGAAGCAUGGUUUUCAUACGGCAAAGAAAGAGCAAGGGUGCAAGUUCUCCUCCCUCUCUCCCUGUAGUAUAUAUCUAUGUUAACUAGAAAUGUUCACCCAAUGUAGACUGAAUGCUAGAUGUUCAUUUUAUCCUCUUGAUUUUGAAACCUCAAACCCACCAGUAAGAGAUUCAGUAAAUUGCAUCUUAACCUGUAUCAGGUCGAAGCAAAUCAAAAAACGGAAAAAAAAAAAAGGUAAAAAAAAAAUAAAUAAAAAUAAAAAACGCCCAUCCUCGAUCAUUCUGGUGUCAUUUGAAAAUCAUGCUGUUUGUUUUAUUAUUAUUAUUAUAUUGGAAUAUAACAGAUUAUUCUUAGCAAUGGUUCUCCAGUGAACACUACCUUUGUCCCCACCACUAAGCGAGACCGUGAAGCACAAGGCAAACCAACAAUCGUUAAAAGCGAAGAAAUUAAAAUUAGAAUCUGCGAGUAUAUGCAAUUCUUGUCUUUUCAAAUCUUUUUUGGUAGCUGGCAUUUAAUUCCCUGGAUUAAAUUGGAUUUUUGAGAUGACUUUCAGUGUAAUGAAUCUUUCUGACAGUGUUCCUACUUUAUGUGUGUGUUGGACAUUUCGCAAACUUCAGCCGGUUAACUUGGUGUCCUGAUACAUUCACAGGCUUCACAUGUUAUUCCUUUAAGAGAUGUUACAUGUGUAUUUGUUUUUUUUUUUUUUCUGUGACUAGUUUUAGCAUUUCUAUUUGUACUAUGACUGCUGAACCAAAUGCAUUUGAGCAGUGUGACAAAUCCUGUUUAUGGAAGUAGUACGUGCAUCCUCGAGGGCCUCAAUUGAUUUUGACGAGUUUUUUUUUUUCUCUUUUUUUUUUUUUUUUUCUCACCAACGGUUGGCAGUUAUACUUUUGAAAAUCUGAAAGCAUCCAGCUGUCUAAUUUUCCUAGUUGGGAUGAAGGAUUGGCACCAAAAAAAAAAAACAACAACAAAACAAAAUGAAGGCUCUUUAACUGUGAACGGUCCAGACGCGAAGAAUGGAAACUAGUUCGAAUGUCUGGGUGUUUACAGGCUACUACUUCUCACUAUAGCGCUGCGUACUUUGUGACUGAAAAAGACCAACACAACUCUUGUCGGUGGCUCGGCGGCGAGCUGGAAGGACUUGGUGGUAGACCUGUCGAGGGGAAUGGGUGUGCAGUUACCUGGUCGUGAGAUUCAGCAGGCGUCCUCAGUGUUGAACCAUGGGGGUUAAGCUGGCACUUCUGUCAAGAAUGAUUGUAAAUCUGUAAGUUCCCCUGUAAACUGUUUCUGUGGGGAUUUCCUGAACACAUUAAUAAACAUGAUUUGAUCCAACA